CGAGUUGUUCCGUGUCUGUCUGACCUGCUGACGCCGAUACCGACACAUUAAGAAGUGAAGGCGAUACUAAGGGAGUAUUACCUACGAAAGUCACCAACCAUCCUGGUCGGGACAUCAUCUUAUGUGCUGACGUUGUCAUCCGCAGCGGCGACCAACUCUCCCAUGGACAUCUCAAACUAGUGGACGCGUUGUUGCUUUGCCGAGGCGACAUGCGUUUUCAAGCAAGCCUGGUGACCCUGUGACCAAGGCUAAUCCACAGACAAAAUGGUGUUCAACAGAAAGGACUUGACUAAGGCCUUUUCACCCAAUAAAGUGAAAAAAUUCAGCAAAAGACGAUCUGGUCAAGGAGUGAAGCCAAGUACUAGUGGCAGUACAAUGCGUAGUGAAGCCAGUGAUUCUGCACAAACAAGCAUAAAAGUCAUUGUCAGGGUUAGACCUCAUAAUGAGAAGGAGAUGCAAGAAAAUUACAAAACAGUUGUAAAAAUUAUAGAUGAGCAGAUGCUUAUUUUUGAUCCAAAGGAAGAAGAGAACCCCUUCUUUUAUAGAGGAGUAGUACAGAAAGGUCGUGAUUUAUUGAAAAAACAGAACAAAGAACUACAAUUUGUAUUUGAUAGAGUAUUUGAUAUGACACAUUCAAACACAGAUGUCUUUGAAGGUAGUACAAAGCAUUUAAUCUCAAAUUUGUUGGAUGGUUAUAACUGUUCAGUAUUUGCUUACGGAGCCACCGGAGCUGGCAAAACUCAUACGAUGCUUGGUAAAGAAGGAGAUCCUGGAAUCACAUAUCGUACAAUGGCUGAACUCUUUGCUCAAAUCGAAUUGCAGAGAGAAAGUAGAGAUUUCAAUCUUGGUGUUUCAUACUUAGAAAUUUAUAAUGAGAAUGUACAAGAUCUUCUACACAAAGUUGGUCCAUUGCACUUGAGAGAAGAUGGCAGAGCUGGUGUAAUUGUUGCUGGCUUAAAGAUAAUCUCCAUUCAUAAUCCAGAGGAGUUGUUAUCUCUACUGGCAAAAGGAAACAAAAAUCGUACUCAACAUGCAACAGAUGCCAAUCAGGAAAGUAGUAGAAGUCAUGCUGUUUUUCAGGUGUAUGUAAAUAUCACAAACAAAAUGGAUGGUCAAGUAAAACAUGUGAAACUAUCAAUGAUAGAUUUAGCUGGCUCUGAAAGAGCAUCUGCUACUGGUUGUUCAGGUGCUAGAUUCAAAGAAGGUGCCAACAUAAACAAGUCUCUUUUGGCACUUGGUAAUUGUAUCAAUAAUUUGGCUGAUGGAAUAAAAUAUAUUCCAUACCGCGACUCGAAGUUGACGCGACUUCUCAAGGAUUCUCUAGGUGGGAAUUGUCAAACAGUUAUGAUAGCAAAUAUUAGUCCUUCUAGUGCAACAUUUGAAGAUACAUACAAUACUCUAAGAUAUGCCAACAGGGCUAAGAAAAUCAAAACUAGCGUUAAAAAGAAUAUUGUAUCUUGUCAAAUGCAUGUCUCUGGCUACAUAAAGAUGGUUGAAGAACAGAAAAAGGAAUUAGAAACUUUGAGACAAAAGUUGUCAGCUUACGAAAAAGGAGCUAUUCCUGCAGUUGUUGCGCCUCAAAAUUCAAUUGACAAUGAAAAACAGACUCAGCAAAUAAUAGAAUUCAACAAUAAAUUUGAAGAAUUGUUCAACAAAAAGAAAAUGUUAAAUGAGAAGAUUCUUGGAUUGGAGAGUAUAGACAAAAUUUUAUACUGUAGGAUACUGUACAAAAAAGCUGCUGACAAAAGACUACAUAACUUAACAACAGCUGUAGAUACGUUGUACGAAAAUGAGAAAAACGCCAGUGGGAAGUCACGAGUUAACAAAUCGCUGCAAUACUUCAAGCGUCAGCGAGAAGGUAUUAAAAUACAGAUAAAACAAGUCUGGGAAGAUUUAUGCAAAGUCGAGGCGAGUCUCGCGGAGAUGAUUUUAGAUGUUAAAUCAAAGAAUUUGUAUGACAAAUUUGAGGAUAAAAUCAACGGUUAUACAUCAGAAGUUGAGAAAACGAGGGUACAACAGCAGUUCGAGCACGUCAAAAAGGUCCUCAGCUUGCAGCAGUGCGAAAUGCAAAGUGUUUGUACAAUGCAUAAGAUGAUGAGUACCACCUUGCAGAAUUACUAUAACAUGAUGAGAGGUGGUGGUACCAUCACAGAAAAGCUUAAGCAGGAGUUCAAGCAAUUGGUCAAAUCGCUCGAGGGUGUUAAGAACAUCAAGUGGUCCGACAUGAACAUGGACAAACAAGAUAAAGAUUUCUAUAGCACCACUGUUUUGAGCAUCCAGCAACUUGACAAUCCCACCAGUGGUAACAUGCCUGAGCUUUUGGAUCUCGACUCGGACGACGAGGAAACGGAAAUUACAGAAACUACGCCAUCUAGCAAUAACGUUCUUAGUACGACGUUCAGUUACAGUACUCCACCUAAAAACGGAGCUUUGCCACGUGUAGACGAGAAUCCACUCAACUCUACCAUCACCAUCAAUACCGAUGUCGUAACGGUUGCCGAAGACGAGAACACAGAGUCAAACAGUCUCAACAGCACGUUCCACGUCGCCGAAGCGAAAGGCAGGAAGCGAGUGUUGUCUGAUCAGAGUAAGAACCAGGUGAAUUCCAGGUCGCCCGCAAAAAUCGCUAAGAAAAUUUCACCACCUCAAAAAGGUAAAAUCGAUGUAGCGGCUCCCGUGCAAAAUGGUAAGGAGAACAGCAAGGAUUUUACCAGACCUACCAUGACUGCCAAGAGUAUCGCUAUCUUGAACAAGAUCAAGGCCGAGAGGUUAAGGCAGCAGCAGCAGCAGUCACUUGUGAGCACGACUUGCAAUGGGGACCAGUCCGAGGCUGCACUCAAGGCCAUGAGGACAAAGGAGAGAAGAGGACUUACGUUUUCACAUCCAUACCAGAAACCUAUUAAUACAAUACAAAAGCAAACGACGCAGCAGAAAUCAACGGCGCCGUCGUCUCGAGUGCCAUGGUAGGAAAGUUAAAGAUAGUUCUUGGAGCUGUGUAGAAAUAAAUGUGUAUAUAAUUUUAACAUUCUUGAUCCCGUGUUAAACAAGCUAGUACGCAUAAGUACAGUCUAUGCUAAUUUUUAAUAUGACGGUUCAAAUUUGCAGGUUCUUUCAAAUUCUUGCCUCUCGAUUUAUUUUAUUAUCAUUAAAAUUGUUUAUUAUUAUUAAUUUUUUUGGAAAGAUAAAAUCCGCCAAAGAAUUAUCGAACGCGAUAUAUAAGGGUCCACUAACAAAAUAAAAAGAAGUGCUUCCGCACCGAGCUAAUCUUUUUAUAAAAAAACAAAAUAAUUUAUUUUUAACAAAUAACAGUUUCUUUUUUACAUGAUUCUUGGAUCAUAAAGCUCCGGGAUUGACGUUUAAAGCAACGUUACACUUAUAUACUGACAUGACUGCCUUGUAUUUUAACGAAAAUAAUAGAUAAUAAGCCAUUUAAAAAACAUUGCGCAUUCGUGUUGAAACGAUCACGACUGAUGAUUGUAUUAGUUUCUACAACGUAUUGAUUAAUAAUUUUAUUUUUUAUCUUUGUUGUAAAGCAAAUUAAUUGAUAUAUAAUUUGAUACCUUUUUGCGUACGUAAUGUGAGAAGUUAUCAUAAUAUUUUGAAU